AUGCUGAACUUCAUAUUGGAUUCAGCAAUAACUUUUACUGGCGCCAUGAAAUGUGCUGGUAAAAGAUCAAAAAUGAACGCCAAAUGGCGCGAACACAUGUCCACUUCUUGGAAGAUGCCUACCAACCGAAGUUGGAUGAAGGCGCACCAGCGCUCUGCAGAGUUUCGAAGUGGCAUUGACGAGUUCGUUGCGGUAGCAACGAACCACGUGAAUUCUGAUGGAUUAGCUCGAUGCCCAUGCAUGCGGUGUUUGAAUGUGAAUUUCCACACACCUGCAACUAUAAGGGUUCAUUUAUUUCUCAGCGAGAUCCAACCUUCGUACAAUCCCUGGUAUUUCCACGAGGAGACUUUUUCUCAGCCCGCAGUUGAACUUCCUGAAAAUGACGAAGAGGAAAUGGAAGAUGUAUUGGCGGACAUGUUAAGAGGGGACCCUGGGUUUGACGAAUCUGCUAACACUACUGAUUCUUUCAAUGAACUCCCCAUCAAUGACAAAAACAAGUUUGAUGACUUGUUUAAGGAGAUGGAGGCUGAGUUAUAUCCAGGUUGCAAAAAUUCAGCCCUCAAUGCACUGAGGGGACAAAAUUACUGGAGUUGCAUUAUGAGUCGAAGAUGCAUUAUGAGUCCAGAGGGGACAAAAUUACUGGAGUUGCAUUAUGAGUCGAAGAUGCGAUUGCGCAAUCUAGGUUUGGGUUACGACUCAAUAGAUGUGUGCAAGUAUAAUUGUGCUAUUUUCUGGAAGGAGAAUGAGAAGAAGGAGUUUUGCCCUGUAUGUGGCGAAUCACGAUGGGUGAAAAGAAAGGGUAAGGGGAAAAAAGUUCCUCACAAAGUUAUCCGUUACUUCCCACUCACACCGAGACUAAAACGAUUAUAUUGCUCAAGACACACUACGGAGGAUAUGCGGUGGCAUUACUCGCAGAGACCAAAAGAAGACGGUGUGCUUAGGCAUCCUGCGGAUGCUAAAGAAUGGAAGCAGUUUGACCUCCUUCAUCUAUCUAUUGCUGUUGAACCUAGAAAUGUCAGACUGGGAUUGGACUGA